AUGAACACAGAGAAGAGUGAGAAGGGAGGUUUUUAUCAACCUUCUACUAGUAAGGAGCUGCUUCCGCACCCUCCAGGUCUAGUCCAAGCCCGGAGGUAUUCAACGGGGCCCAUCUUCCGCAAGUUCCUGGUUCUUGGAAGCUUUUCCCUUGUUUUUUUCCUACUCUACAAUACUCACUCUAUCUCCUUCCUUGGUUUGAAGAAAGACAAGAAGUACUCUGAAUCGUAUGACAGUUACAUAAAGCGGAUCGAGGAGGGCUAUCUUGCCGUUCCAUCUGCGGAGUCUGCGCUUGCGGCCUCGCGUGACUACGCCACACACCCACAUUUAGCUGGCGCGGUGGAAGACUUCCAGGACGCAAAGGACAUUCUUGCGCUCUUCCAGUCCGAGUUUGGUAUCUCUACGCCUACUACCGAGCCCAUAUACCCAGCAGGCUCCCCUGAGUCCCGCGAGGCAACUCUUAGCACAACCUCUAAGCUUAGCAAACCGGCCGCAUGGGUCGAUAUCUAUUACCCAGUCAUGAACACAGGGAACGCGGAUGGCAUGGUUGUGGAACUGCUCAGUGAGAGUGACCAGCCCAUAUGGAAAGCCGACCUGGUUGAGGAUGGUGACCCUCGUGACGAGACUGCUGCCAAGUACAAGCAUUCCGUUCCACCCUUCCACGGUUUCAGCGCUGCUGGAGAGGCUAUCGGCCAACUGGUGUAUGCGAACUAUGGUACCCAUGACGACUAUAACAAGCUCAUUGGUGCUGGAGUGGACCUCAAAGGGAAGAUCAUCCUAGCUCGCUACGGUGCUAAUUUCCGUGGUCUUAAGGUACAAGGCGCGGCAGAGCAUGGCGCAGUCGGUGUCCUGAUUUACUCUGACCCUCGAGACGAUGGGAGUGUCACCUUUGAGAACGGAUAUGAGCCAUAUCCCGCUGGUCCUGCUAGAAAUCCCACAUCAAUUCAACGUGGCUCAGUUAUGUACCUCUCUAUCUACGCUGGCGAUCCCACUACGCCAGGCUACCCUGCAUAUGAGAAUGCAACUCGUGUUGAGCCAACUAACAUUCCGAAUAUUCCAAGUUUGCCACUUUCCUGGGCCAACGCCAAACUUCUUUUUGAAGAGGAACUCGGCGGUGUCCCUGAGGGUACCAAGCUGAACGGGAGAGUUGGAAGCAGAAAAGUCAGGAUGGUCAACGAUGUGGAUGCCAAGGUCACGCCUAUCUGGAAUACCAUGGUUGCAAUUCCUGGUCACAUUAAAGAUGAAGUCGUCCUCCUUGGGUGCCACCGUGACGCUUGGGUUAUGGGCGCUGCGGAUCCCACAUCUGGCACUGUCUCUCUUCACGAAGUUGUUCGCGGACUUGGGGCUCUUUACAAACGUGGAUGGAAACCACUGCGUACCAUUGUCAUUGCCAGCUGGGAUGCUGAGGAGUACGGUCUCGUUGGAAGUACUGAGUGGGGCGAGGAUUUUGCCGACUGGAUCCAAGAGCAUGUAGUCUCCUACGUCAAUGUCGACGUAUCGGUUUCUGGUUCUCGCUGGUCUACAUCUGCUUCCCCUUCUCUCGCCCACCUUAUCCAGCGUUCCGCCCGAGACGUCCCUCACCCUACUGAUGCCCAAAAGACCCUAUGGGAUGCUCAUUUUGAUAUUGGUCCUUACGAAGGCCCUGUAGAUGCCGAGUUUGCUCGUAUGUGGGACAAAAUGACCUCCGAUGAACCACGAAUUGGCCCACUGGGAUCAGGAAGUGAUUACACAGUCUUCCUGCAGAGACUCGGCGUUGCCAGCUCCGACCAGGGCUUCGGUAAUACUCCGACAGACGCGCCUUACCACUACCACUCUAUCUAUGACUCGCAGAUGUGGCAAGAGGUGUACGCAGAUCCUGGUUUCUACAAGCAUGUUGCUGUCGCGCAGAAUCUGGGUCUGUUGACAUUGCGUCUUACGGAUUCCUUAAUCCUCCCUUUAAACACCACUCAGUAUGCACUUGAGCUUGACUCCUACGUCGACACUGUCAUCAAGUCUACUUACCGUGAAGAGAUUCUGCCAGACCUUUUCCCUCUUAGAAGGGCCAUUGCAAAGCUGCAGGACGCAAGCUUUAAGCUUGAUGAGGAGAAAGCUGCUGCCGAGAAGGCUUUCCAUAAGGCUUUGAAGAAAAUCAGUCGUGCUCGCAAUCCCCGUGCUAUUCGGCGGAUCAUUCAAUGGAUCAAGGAGCAUCUCGGUAUUAGUGCACCGGAAGUCCAGGACUUGAGGUUUGGCGCAUUCAAAUGGAUGUCGUCUAUGACAGAGUCGAGUUUCUCGGAAGCGCAUAUCUGCGAGUCGCGUGGCAAAGGCCCGUUAUCUGAUUUCAUACGGGCAGCUAAGAGAGUCAGAACCGCCAAUCAGAAACUCAUGGCGUUUGAGCGUGGAUUUAUCUCUGAGGAUGGCAUUAAGGAUAGGGAAUGGUACAGACAUCUGGGCGUUGCUCCCGGGAAACACCUUGGGUAUGCGCCAACUACACUGCCAGGCCUGACAGAAGCUAUUGUUUAUGACGAGGAUCGCGAACUUGCCGAGCAUGAGGCUGCUCGACUGACCGCACUCAUUGAAAACCUCGCGGAUUUUCUCGAGGUUUAA